GAUGCUCUUCUUCUAAGGACAUAAUGUUCUCUAGUCACGAAUUUAGAGUUUUUCCCAGUUAUGAUUACCUCCGGUUGCUAAAGAGAGGUAUAACCCCUAACGUGCUUUUACACUUCUCUAGGAAUAACAAUAAUAGUAGUAGCGAUAUAAUAACGGUAGAAUUACCAGCAAAAUUUUAGGUAAAUGGACACAGAUGCAACUAAUGUAACAUUUUAUUGUGGCAAUGUUUCGCUCUCCAAAAGCUCGCAUGUGUGUUCAUUUACCUAACAAUAGUUAUAACUUAGCAUUAAUAACUGGUUACAGGGACGUGGUUGUGGAUGAGGAUAGUGGAGUCCAGGCUUGGGCAGACUUACUCCUCGACGAGAGGACAUGUGUGGUGCUGCAGCCUCUGCACCAGCUGCGUACUGACGCCCACCUACACCAGCUUACCUGCCAGCUGGUGCUGCUCUCCCUUCAGGUCACCACCUGUUAUCUUAUCCUCUACUCCCAUCCGCCGGCUAAUUCAGGUUACGUGUUCCGGAGCGGCGUGGUUAAGGCCAUGGCGCGCCUGGUGGCUACCUGCGCCCUCUUCCGCUCACCUGACUACACCGUCUCCCUCCUGCUGGCUCACAACCUUCACCAGGUGGGAGAGCUGAUCCGCAAGGUGGCGGAGGCGACAAUGGCAGCCUCCACUUGCUGGGACAAGGAGGAGUGGAUCACACGACCAUGGCUAACCUCGCAGAUGAGCUCGCACGAGCGGGUGCUGUUGUCAUUACCCUGCGUCAACUCUAUCACUGCUCAGGUGAUUCUGACUGCUAUGUCACUGACAGAUGUGUUAACCCUCUCCCUGCCCAGCCUCCUCACUGCCCUUCCCUGGAUACCACACAAAGUGGUUACGAUGCUGUAUAAACUACUACAUGGUGAUGCUCUAACUGAUAGCAACAGUUAUGAUCUCACUGAAAGAUGUGUAGCCGACGUCACUUCUUCACCAAACAAAGGCGAGGAAAGUGUGUCAUGCGAGACUAUGGUUGUGGCAGCCUCUGAACACAAAAAGAUUGUGGAGUCUUCUGAGGGCAACCAGCCGGAGGUACAAACCCAGUCUUAUGCAUAUAAUGAGUGUAAGAGCAACGUUGUCAGUGAUAAGGCAAUGUAUUCUAGAGUGUCUUCUCUUGAUGACCAAGUGCGCGAUGAAGCACUUAGGAUUGACGAAAGUGUUCAGGAAGGUUCAAGAGCAGCUUUACCUACGUGUUAUAUAUAUGAUAACCCGGUUAUUCCAGCAUACAACACAGGGAGUGACUAUUCUCACGGGGUUUACUCUGGAAGUGCUGAGAGUUGUGCAGAUGAUUCGAACUCUCUCAACCCGGUUCCAGUCCUCCCGACACGAACCAUAUCAGGCUCCUUUAAUGCAAGGGAAUAUCUCAGCUCUGUUACCUCCUCCUCUUCUGCUGGUACGUCUUUUGAGUAUCAGCAACAAAUGCCGAGGAUUCAUCAGGAAAUGUUGCAUUUGCAGCAAGUUCCAUUAGUACAGCAAAUAUCUUAUCCACAACAGCAGUCACAAGUCUCACAACUGCUGCCAACACCACACCAGUAUCAACUAGUGUCACAGUCAGAGCAACUUUUACCACACGUUCCAUCAGUGUCACAGCAGCACCAGCCAACGAUACGGGUGGAGGCAGCCUCGCAACAGUACCAAGCAAUAUCGCAUGUGGAUCAGUCAGUACCGCAGUUGCGACAACCAUUGCAACUUCAGCAACCAUUGCCACAAAUGCAACGUACAAUAGUAGAGUCACACCAGCCAAGGCAUCAGGUACAACAAUCAGUGCCACAAUUAGAAUAUACAGCACCAGGACCACACCAACCAGUGUAUCAGCUACAACAGCCACUGCCACAAUUACAGCAACCAGUGCGAGAAGCAUACCAACCAAUGCGUCAGCUACAACAACAACCAGUGCCACAAGUCCGUCAGUCAACAUCACGGCUACGAGAAGAACGCAAUACACGUAACUAUUACCCACAAGAAGGUGAAGAGUCACUCGUUGUAUCGCCAUAUUUUCCCGAAGUGCACAAUGUUUUCAAUCAUCCAGCUGGAACCAUUCAUCAGGUUACGAUAUCUUCUGUACAACAGAACUACCCAAAUAUGACGAGUGCUUCGGACCUGGCCAUAGGUCAGUAUUCAGAUAUAUGUUUACAAUCUAGUAGUAGAGAUGAGAUGGUACCACUGCAUUCUCUUGAGGCCUUGGGCGAUGGCAACGUCUCAGGCUAUGGGGCGUACUGUGGCAAUGUACAGCAACAGCGGCAGCACCAACAACACUGUCAACAACCUCAGGAACUCCACCACCAACAGCAUCAACAAGAGCAACAACAACAAAAGCAGCAACACCACCAUCACCAAGAGCAACACCGACAUAAACAGCAGCAGCAGCAUCACCAACAGGAGCAGUACCAAAAGCUACAGCAACAUCAGCAGCAGCACCAACAAGAGCAGCACCAUCAACAGAAGAAGCAGCAAGGCUACUGGAAGGACUCCUCUUUUCAACAGCCCUUAACUCCAAGAGCUAACUGCAACAAGAUCUUCGGUAUAGCUAAACCAUAUAACAGUGGUUCAAGACUGGCAGUACCACCAUCUCCACGAGUAGCAUUUCACCAUGAAGGAAGUUCCGGAACGGAAGUACAACCUUCACCACGAGUAACACUACGUCCACUGCGUCAGGAUGGCAGUACAAGUAUGGAGGUGCCACCCUCUCCACAAAUAACAUUGCGUAAGGAUGGUAGUAUAAGGGCAGUACUACCCUCUCCCUCAGUAACACUUGGUCAGGAUAGUAGUAUAAAGAUGUCAGUGCCUCCCUCUCCACUAGUGACGCUUCGUCAGAAUGGGCGAGGUCAUGACUUUCCUGAAGACUAUGAUUUCACCAGUAGCCAGGUCAGAGGCAGUAGGUCGAGUCAGUUUCCUUUCACCCAAGAGGUGAAGAAGGUGGCCUACCAGAAGGUUCCAGGGAGAGGAGGGCAAACACAGCUAAUCUUCCAACCUAUUUGAUUUCUCCUACUGGGGGGGGGGUCCCAUUUUCACAAGGAAGGUGUCGAUACAGGUAAGAGGUUUCUCCUGAGUCAGUUAAUCUUCCAACCUAUUUGAUUUCUAGGAUCUCUCUCUUGUCAGAUUUUCACUACAUGGAAUCACUAAGCCCAUCAAACAGACUUGAUUUUUUUCGCAACCAAUUUAUUUUUUAGCCUAUUUGAUAUCUAGGAGGUAUCUCCUGCAAAUGUACCAUUUUCGCAAAACAACGUGUCAGCAUAUCCAGUGAAACAUGAGUUUCUCUACAAUCUUCUGGUUGUCUCUGUCAAUGUGCAGUUAAUAAAAUAUAUUCUCACGUUUAUAAUUUAAAGAAUCUGGUUUCCAAGACUGCCACAGUUUAUUUUAGUAGAAAACAUAUGCUUAUAAAGGUAGCUGCAGUGGUGAAUAUCUGGACUGAACGAUCGGUUACGAAGGGUGUCCAGUCAAAAUAUAAAUAACCUCUUUCAAUUUUCUUUUAGUGUGUUGGAGAUUUUGUUAUUUGAAGGUCAAAACUUUAUUUGUGUUUGUGUGUAAAGCUGGAGGAGUAGCCUUUCUUUAUAGCCACCACACGUUCAGCAACAUUCUUCUCAGGGUCUCCCCUACAACCAACCACCACCACUGCCACUAACACCACCACAACCACCACCAUUACUACUACUACUACUACCACCACCACUAUCACUCAUUCCAGGACUAAAAAUUCGAAAUGAAAGGCGAAUAAAAUAAGCAAUUAUACAAGCAACAUUCAUUCUUUCAUCUCUGAUUAUAGACCCACACAUUUGUCAUAUAUUU